AAGAUUACAGGUAUUACAUACACCGAAUGACUAUUUUGAUCUCGCGACGAAGUCCGAUUCCGGUACUGCUUUAUAUCCAAAGAAAGAAAGAAGUAAAAGUAAUAAACCUGUAAGAGAAAAAAUCAAAGAAAAGUUAAUGAAAGAAGUGGCCAAUGAAUUGUCGCAUGACAAACUUCGUGAAAUGGUAAUCAGCUCUAUACGAGAAGGGAAGUAUAAGCAGAAUAUUAUCCCUAUUGAUAUCUGGGAUUUUGGAGGGCAGAAAGAUUACUACAUGACUCAUCAACUCUUCAUCACGAGCAGAGGAAUAUUUGUGUUGGUGUUUAAUGGUAGCCUUAAUCUGCAUAAACAUAUGCCCGAUUUAUCAUUUGUACCAGGACAUUUCGGCAAACCAACCAUCGCAGUUUACCUUCUGCACUGGGUGAACUCAAUCCUGACAUACUGCAAGCGUUCAGAUGAUGGAUUUCCAAGAAUUGUGUUCGUUGCAACACAUAAAGACAAGAUCCGUAAGAAUACUGAGCAACACAAACAGAAAUUGAUGACAGUCAUUCAAGACAUAUUUCAAUCACACGCAGGGCUCAAACAUCUUGAAUUCAAACCACUGAUUUUCGUCAAUGCUAUGAACGAAGCUGAUCCCGAGAUCCAAGCAUUACGUCAACGUUUGAUGGAUAGAGCUAAAGAGCAUCCGCGAUGGGGUGAAAACAUGCCAACAGCCUGGGUCCCAUUAGAAUUACAUCUAGCCCAGAAAUCAGAGAAAGGUGUUAACAUCUUGACAAAACAAAAAAUACAGAUGUUUAAUUCUCAAAAUGAGCCGAUGGUAUUGACAGAUAAACAGUUGGAAACUUUCCUUAAAGUACAACAUUCCCUGGGUAAAUUACUCUACUUUGACGUAGCCAAUCUUCGAGAUUUUGUAAUCAUUACACCAGCAUACUUGGUGGAAGUUCUAAGAUCUAUUGUAACAGAGAAGCAAUUUUGGCCAAAAGGGAAACAAUUUCAAAGUAUUUUCCAUACCAUGCAGAAAACAGGAUCGCUCAGUCGUGACGACAUUGAUGUCCUGUGGAACCAACAGAAUUUUAAGCAUAUUCUGUCAUAUAAAGAUUUCAUCAUUGAAGUUUUGGUUCAUCUUGAUAUACUAGUUGCUGAAAGAAGGAUCACAGAAGAUUUGAACACUUCACUUCAUGAAGUUUCCAAAUUCAUUGUUCCAUCAAUGAUUACAAGGCCAAACAAUACGAAGUACCUGAAAAAAUGUUGUAAGACUGGAACUUCAAUCUUGCUGUCUUACAAAUUCACUAAGAAAGUAAUACCGCCAGCCUUUCCAUACAGAUUUAUUGCUUCUUUUGUAGACAUGUGGGGAGUGAAACAUUAUAAAAACAAGAAACGAAUGCUUUUCAGCGAUUUAGCAGUUGUGAAAGUAGACGACAGACAUGAUGUGGCAGUGCAGGUUAUAGAAAAUAGAGUGGUUGUGUCACUUAUCCAUGCAGACAAGAAAGAAAACAUUGUCCCAACAAUUGCAACUUCGGUCCAAGAAUGUCUGACUGCAGCUAUUCACAGAAUUUCAGAAUUUUACUCAACUCUUUCAGCAGAGUCAUUUGCCACAAAUCAAAGAUCGGAUUUACAUAUUGUCAUGCCAUUUGAAAUAGAGUUUGGAGUUCAUUGCAAAAAAACUUCAUGUUUUUUUCCUCAUGACAAAAUACCAACAGCAGCAAAAUGGCAAUGUUCAGAACACCACGUACAUCACGAUGUCAGCUGUUUAAAAUUAUGGUUUUCAGAAAAGAUGCCUCGUGAAAAGUGUGACGCAUCUUGCAAAGGGUUAGGCAGACUGGAAAUAGAACAAUCUCCAUCAAACAAACACCUAAGACGACUGGCUUCUAGUCUUGAAGUAAAAGAUUGUCGCGAAUUGUUGAUAAGACUUGGAUUAGACGCUAAAGUCUUGAAUGAUGUGCAAGACAAAUUUGCUCCCUCUGCUUUUCAUGAAAAUGAUUUCAAAUAUACAGCCAUGUUAAGAUGGAAGGGAAGUGUGACUGAUUCGUCGUUCACGACAAUUCAAGAUGCGUUUGAUGAAACUGACAAACACUUACUGUGUGAGGUGUUUAGAGAUGUAAAUGUAGAUGACGUACUGAAGAGGUUUGGUAUUCUAGAAGAUCAAGCGAACAAAACACCUACGAUCACUACAUUACAGGAGCUGUCCAAUCAUAUAGGAAAUAGCGGCAUACAGCUUGGAGUAGAACUUGGAUUGCAGAGCGCUGAGAUUGAAGGAAUUCAGAACGAUCACAGCUGUAAGCUGUUACAUCAGAAUAAAGAAAUAUUACGAGUUUGGAGCCAGACAAAAUUUCCAAAGCCAACAAUUAAAGAACUGAUUAAAGUUUUACAAAGAAUUGGCAAAAUCGAUUGCCUGCGGGAAAUAUCAUUUUAAACAGUUCAACAAGAUGAUAAUAAAAACCAU